AUGGCUAAUCCCAGUGCUGUCUGCAAUGGACAUCUACAUCACCAUCAUCAUCAGAAACAGAAUAACCUCUUAAAAAGUGGAAUAUCUAAGAAAAAUGGAAUCACUAAAGGAAUUAAGAAGAAUGGAGUAUCAAAUGGAACUCUCUACAAAAAAACAUUUAUUGAGCACUUUGAACAGGCACCAAUGUAUGUUGCAGUUUUUACUUUCGUGGGGUUUGCAGUGGGAACAAUAUUUGGCUACCUGCGAGAUUUUAUGAGAGCCUGGGGAAUAGAAAAACGUAACAUUGCUGCGGAGAGAGAACAACAAAAAGAUUUUGUGCCACUUUAUCAAGAUUUUGAGAACUUUUACACCAGAAACCUCUAUUUGAGAAUACGGGAUAACUGGAAUCGUCCAAUUUGCAGUGUCCCUGGGCCACAGUUUGACCUCAUGGAGCGUGUUACAGAUGAUUACAACUGGACAUUUAGGUUUACAGGAAGGACUAUCAAGAAUGUAAUCAAUAUGGGUUCUUAUAACUACCUCGGCUUUGCAGAAACGGAUGUUAAUGCUUUGAAAACUGUGACCAUAGAGUUAGAAAAAUAUGGGACAGGAGUCUGCAGUACCAGGCAAGAAAUGGGCACCCUAGACAAACACGUAGAACUAGAGAAACUUGUGGCCAAGUUCCUUGGUGUGGAAGAUGCUAUGGUGUUUGGCAUGGGCUUUGCAACUAACUCGAUGAAUAUUCCGGCCCUUGUUGGAAAGGGCUGCCUCAUUUUAAGUGAUGAGUUGAACCACACUUCUCUCGUUCUCGGUGCAAGGCUUUCAGGUGCCACUAUUAGAAUCUUCAAGCAUAAUAAUAUGCAGAGCCUCGAGAAAUUGCUGAGAGAAGCAAUAAUAUAUGGACAGCCUCGCACCCACAGAGCAUGGAGAAAAAUUAUCAUCCUCGUGGAGGGCAUUUACAGCAUGGAAGGGUCCAUCGUGCGCCUGCCGGAGAUUGUCUCCUUGAAGAACAAAUACAAAGCCUACCUCUACUUGGACGAAGCUCACAGCAUUGGUGCAGUGGGAACAACGGGCCGAGGAGUUGUGGAAUACUUCGGAAUGAGUCCUGAUGAUGUUGACGUAUUAAUGGGAACAUUCACAAAGAGCUUUGGAGCAGCUGGAGGAUAUAUAGCUGGCAAAAAGGGCCUUGUGGACUUUUUACGAACUCAUUCUCACAGUGCUGUAUACGCCACAUCUAUGUGUCCUGCUGUAGCAGAGCAAAUCAUCAGGGCAAUGAAAUGUCUCAUGGGACUGGAUGGGACUACACAAGGGCUCCAAAGAGUGCGUCAGCUGGAGAAAAACACAAGGUACUUCAGGCGAAAACUGCAUGAAAUGGGCUUCAUCAUUUAUGGCAAUGAUGAUUCUCCUGUUGUUCCCUUGCUCCUUUAUAUGCCUGGUAAGAUAGGGGCUUUUGCAAGACGCAUGUUAGAAAAAAAUAUCGGGGUGGUCGUGGUUGGGUUUCCAGCUACUCCUAUCACAGAAUCCAGGGCUCGGUUUUGUGUGUCAGCUGCACAUACACGGGAGAUGUUAGACACGGUUUUGAAUGCUCUGGAUGAAUUGGGUGAUUUUCUACAUCUGAAAUAUUCCCGGUAUUCCAAGUCAGCUCAUCCUGAAUUGUAUGAAGACUCUAGGCUUGAACUUGAAGAUUAAGUUUUCCACCCAUGAAGAGAACAUUAUGAUGCUAUGAAAGGGCGG